AUGGUGUCAUCUACGCUACCGCCAGAAGAAGGAUUAGGUAAAUAUGGAAUGCAAGGGUUGACUUCAUUGGUUAAAAUGGAACAGUCCGAUAUUACCAAUUUUGCCCUUGGCCAGGACAUAAGUAAAUGUGGUUUGGACUUGACUAAGGAUUCCGAGAUUUUAAAGAACUUAUCGUCGCCAUGGGCAGAGACUUCCCGGUCUGAAGUGGAGCCUUACUACAAUUUACCGAAAAGCAUAAGAGCGUCUAGCAUAAAUCCACCUCCGGGACCUUGUGAUGGCAAGAUUCAGAAUUUCACUGAUGAAACAUUGUUCUAUAUAUUUUACAUGAAACCAAGAGAUACAUUGCAAGAAUACGCUGCCAGAGAGUUGGUUGCACGAAAUUGGAGAUAUCACAAGGGCAUACAAGUUUGGUUAACAAAAGAUAGUAAUGUGGAGCCGGUCUUGAUCAAUCCUGAUGUCGAAAAAGGUGUCUACAUUUUUUUUGAUCCUCACAACUGGGAAAAGAUAAAGAAAGAAUUUGUAUUGCAUUACAGUCUAGUUCAGGCCUAA